UAUACACAUUAUGGGUUCGAGAUCUAUUCCCCAGGCAGAUAUAUUGGCUGUUGCGAAGAGUUCACGACUUGAGCGCAAGCCAAUCUUAAAAUUUGCACCACCCAUCGGGCUCUCAUGUGUGAACUAUCAGAGUCUGGGCGGGAUCGAUCAAUUCUACUUGGACUGUCAGAAUCACAGGGAUUAUUAUCGCGAUCCAGUUGAUAAGGUGCAUCGUCCGCCACGAUUCUGUCUGCAUCCUGGCCCCUGUGGAAUUUUGCCUGAUCGUAACAUUGAAAUGCUAAAGGCACCCAUCAACUGGGUGCGGGAGCCCCAACCCGUUGUCUAUCCGGAAAAAUAUAAUACUCGCUUGCGACUGGAUGGUGGCAUAAGAAUUGCAGCUCACUUUUGGACCAGAUCUGCUCAGGCUUAUACACGUUAACAAAUUGUAUCUUCGCAACGAAAUUGCAUUGUAUUUACAUUUGUUAAUCUUUCAAAAUCUUCGAAACAAACUCCAUGAAUUGGCAAUUAGUCAUUCUCUUAAACAGUUGAAA